CCUUUCUGUCCAAAUGGCACAAACGGACGUUAGGUCUGUAUACGUGGCAGGUGACGUGGAAUGAUAUAAACGUUCUCUUCUUCAUCGUUCUUCAACGUUCUCUUCUUCAUCGUUCCCAGAAUUUCUUCCCCAAAUUCUAGGGUUCAUCGUUUGCCUCCUUUCUUCCCCAAAUUCUAGGGUUCACCAGUUUCCAAUGAAGCAGACAUCAUCAUCAAUCGCAGGGCCAUGUUCAUACGAAUCUAACACGAAGAAUGAUGGUUUUGCUGCAAACUUGAGAUGGAGACCCGUAUGUGGGUGUGGAGAGAUAGCAUUGCUUCGUAGGGCUUCAACAAGCACGAAUUUCGGGAAGCAAUUCUGGGGCUGUCGUAAUUACAAGGGUUCAACCCAAACAGGGUGUGGCUAUUUUCAAUGGUUCUUUGAUGAUGUGAUGGAUGAGAAAGACCAGUAUAUGAAGAUGCAGAAUAGUAGGAUGGAGAAGAUUCAAAUUGAACUUGAUGCAGCAAAAAUGGAGUUGGUAACUCUUAAGGCAACAAAUGACAGACUAAAACAAAAGACAAGAGAGUUGAAGAAGAUGAUGAAUUCUGAGAAAAAUUGGAAAAGGCUUUUCUGUGUUAUUUUAGUGUUGGUCAUUUGGAAAAGUCUGUAUUAGUAUGUUGUAAGGUUAUGAAUUAGU